AUGAUUACUCCGCCCAGAAAAAUCAACGACUUUCUUGAGGCGGACCUCUCAGUCCCAAAGCUGAACGAUAUCCAUUCAUGGCUCCUGAUCGUCGGACGGCCCGUUCCGCCUCGUCCGCUGAAUCAUCAGAUCUUGAUCGGCCGCAAUAUAGUGGUCACGGAGCAAGCUGAGCUGCAUCUCGUCUGGGCCAAGCACCGCAUCUUCAUCAAGCCUCUUCCAAGAUACUUGCUUGAUCUUAGCUUCUGGAACGAUUAUCUGGUCUGCCCUGCGAAAUCCCCAGAGAGCGGUUCGUCCUCGCGAAACAUAUGGAAAUGCGAAAACAACCCGGAAUGCCAUCGCAGGGAGAAACUGGCUGCUCUAGCACGUGGUUUUCUCUUCUCGUACACGGCGCUCGUGCAGCACGAGAGCGACUUCCGAAUCGCCAUCGAUCAGGGUCUCCUUCCAAGUACGGUUACGUGGGAGAGCUGGAAGAUGGUUGCUGCAGAUGUGCUGGAGAACCACACGUAUGCUGCGGUGAAUCCGCGCUAUUGGUACGGCGAGCUCCGACUGACCAGGCUGAACAAAAUCUAUCGCUUCCGGUACGGGAAGAUCUUCCGUGCCUAUUCCACCGUAGGAUUCUACAACUCGUCAGGCGACUUUUUCGCCGACAACUUGGGCAAGCUUGCCGUAUUCCUUGGAUAUGUUGUCAUGGUUCUCACAGCCAUGCAGGUUGGGCUCGCUACUGAUAAACUUCAGCCGGAUGUUGCGUUCCAAAGAGCAAGCUACGGGUUCACCGUGUUUUCUAUCCUUGCUCCUAUCCUAGCUCUAGGCAUCAUCAUCGCAGUGUUUGCAUGCUUGUCUUUCACCAACUGGACAGAAACGUGCGAUUUCCAAAAGAAAAGGUUUCGAGACAUGGGCGUGAGCAACAAGGUUAAGCCGGUACUGAACACGGAUUAA